UCACACUUUAUUGAGAAUUUCUCACGUCUGGCAAAGCCAUUAUUCCAGUGAACAGUGGGACAAAGGGUUAAGCGCAGAGGUGCAAAGGUCAGUGCUAGGCCAUACAGAUGCCUCAAGCCAGAAGAUUGGACAUCAGAUUGUGAAAUGUCAUUGGAAAAGCUUAAGAAGGCUAUUAGCAUUACCAUAAUUCUGGCUCACCCUGAAUUUAACAAGCCAUUUCUAUUAUUUACUGAUGCAUCAAUGGACGGUUUGGGUGCCGUUCUGAGUCAGGUAGUUGAUGGUGAGCUGAAACCAAGACCAGUUGCAUUUGCAAGCAAAUCCUUGUCCCGCUCUCAAGCCAGGUACCCAGCACAUCGGUUGGAAUUCUUUGCCCUUAAAUGGGCGGUGUGUGAUAAGUUUGCUCAUUGGUUAAAAGGAGCUCACUUUACAGUGCUAACCGAUAAUAACCCAUUAACGUACAUCAUGACCAAGCCCAAGCUUGACGCUUGCGAGCAGCGGUGGGUCUCGAAGUUAGCACCCUUCGACUUCGAUCUUAAAUACAUUCCAGGAUCACAGAACAUCCCUGCAGAUCUCCUGAGUCGUGAGCCAUUUACAAAAAGGUUUAGAAUAAAUGAACCAGGCAAUAAAGCAAAUCACAUGAGCCUUGAAUCUGUUCAGAAUGCAUUCGUUAUCUGUUAAUUCUCAAGAACAACAGAAUGUCGAGAAUGAGUGUAGAGACAGAAAAGAAGUGGAAAUUGAUGAGGUGAAAGCUGUUAUACAGUCCAGCCUAGACUGGGAUUCCAGCUUACCAGUGCGCACAGCCCAGUUGUCCCAAUGCUCAAGCCAUAUCUUGUACAGUCAGUCCACUCUUCCGGCGUUUACUGCUGCAGAAGUAAGAAGGAAACAAAGAGAAGAUGAUGUGGUGGUGCGGGUGAUCUAUUUUCUUGAGAGAAAAAGACGACCUUCACGGAGAGAAAAAGUUCACGAGACAGCUCAGGUGCUCCGUAUGUUGAAACAUUGGGAAAAGUUGGAGAUCAGAGAUGGAGUCCUUUAUAGGAUAUCUAAAGAUAAAGUUGGGAAGAGAAGGUAUCAGCUUGUAGUGCCUAACUCUCUGAAGUCGACCGUCUUAAGGGGAACUCACGAUGAUGUGGGCCAUCAGGGCCAGAGUAGAACCCUCCAUCUAGUUUGCCAGAGAUUUUUCUGGAAUGGAAUGGAUAACGAGGUGAGGAAGUAUGUGACGCACUGCAAACGUUGUGUCCUUAGCAAGACACCAGAGCCAGAUGCUAGAGCACCUUUGGAAUCUAUCAAAACAUGUGAACCACUAGAGCUGGUGUGCAUUGAUUUUUGGUCUGCUGAGGGGAGGAAUGGAGACAGUGUGGAUGUGCUCGUUCUCACAGACCAUUUUACCAAAAUGGCACAUGCGUUUCCUUGUCCUAAUCAGACGGCAAAGGUGGUGGCCCAAAAACUCUGGAACCAGUUCUUCUGUGUGUAUGGGUUUCCUCGUAGGAUCCACUCAGACCAAGGAGCGAAUUUUGAGAGUAAACUUAUAUCUGAGCUGCUGGAAAUAUCAGGAGUAAAGAAAUCUCAUACCACCCCCUACCACCCUAUGGGGAAUGGCCAAACAGAAAGGUUCAACAGAACUCUUGGCAACAUGAUUCGCUUUCUCCCUGCUAGAGCAAAAGAGCACUGGCCCCAGAUGAUACAAACAUUAACUUUUGCAUACAACUGCACAAUACAUGAGACUACUGGCUUCGCCCCGUUCUACCUCAUGUUUGGCAGGAUUCCAAGACUGCCAGUAGACAUCAUGUUUGAGAGUGUACUGAGAGAUAAUGAAGUGGUGGAUUAUAAUGAUUAUGUCAAUUCAUUCCAGAGAGACCUAAAGGAAGCCAUUAGGAUUGCUCAAGACAGCACAACACAGGCUCAGAAGAAGCAGGCUGAACAGUACAACAAACGAGUCAAAGGCGUUGCCUUGGAGAUUGGAGACAAAGUUCUGUUGGCCAGUCGUAGGGAAUGCGCAAGAGGGAAAUUGGCUGAUCUGUGGGAUUCAAUUGUUUAUGUUGUCACAUGGAAAAACCCUAAUGUGCAUGUUUACAAAGUUGAGGACCCUGUCACAAAGAAGAACAAAGUAGUUCAUAGGAACUUCAUACUGCCUGUAAAUUUCCUUCCAAUCAGCCAGAGUGAUUCAGAAUCGACUGUACUUUCAAACUUGUCAAAUGAUGGGUUAGAUGUGGAAUGGCCAGAGAAAGAAGGGGCAACACUGUAUGUUGAUGAAGACUAUGAUGACCAGAGGACAGCUGCCUGGGUGCUUCAGACCGAGAGCCCAGAGAUCCAAACUUAUGAAGUCCUGAGAGUGGAUGCAAAGAGUAAACUCAGACAGGAUCCUGUGUAUAGCCAAGAUCCACCUACCGAAUUUUUUGGUGAAGACUUGGAGGAUAAAACUGACACUGGAGACCCAAGUGAACAGUGGAGCGAACACGAUCAGUCAGAAGAUACUUUGAGCAACACAACCCCAUCAGACUGCACCCUAAGCAGUAUUAGUGGCUCACAUUGCUCUAGUGUGGAUAGUCCUGAAAGUGUUGAAGAGAUUGACACUAAAGGGGAAGAUAACAGUGUAAGAUUGGAAGGUGGUACCUUGCAUACACGGUCUGGUAGAAUGGUGAAGCCAGUAAGGAGAUUGAUUGAAUCCAUGAGUAUGUUGAGGGCUGAACCUAAAAAAAAAAUAAGAGACUCUUACUGUCUUGAUCCAGAUACUCUCUACCUAUGUUGAAAUCCAAAAUGUGAUAUAAUAGGAUCUCACAAGAAAGGACAUAAUGCGGUUGAAGGAGAUUCUUAAAUACAGUUUCUAAAAAAAGUAUUAAAAGGGGUAAAAAUAUCUAACUGAUCUUUGGAUCAAUUUAUCAUUUAUCUACCUGGCAGAUUAAUCUGCAGUCUUCACAGAUGACUUCAUGUCAUGGUUUUAAGGUCAUGUAAGGGAAAAGGUGCUCCUUUCAUAAGUUUUUCCCUGUUCCAUAAAGUUUGAUGAAAUUGGGCAGGGUGACUGUAAUGAUGUAAAAAGUGUUAUAAUUCAUCAAACUUUAUUUUGUCACUUUAAGAAAAACUUUGGUUCUUAGCCAGGUGCAGGAAGACUAAGGGAUGGUCCAUCAUUUCAUUAUAGGGGAGGAGUUAGGAGUAUAUAUAAAACUCAUGCAGAAUGGAAAUUGUGACUGUUUUACACAGCAUUUAAUCUCAGUGUUUAUCACACAUUAUAUCGCACUACUUCCUUGUACUGCAUGUAUUUGUUUAGAGAAAUGUUUAUGUUCUUUUGUGUUGCCGAUGUGGAAUACCCCCACCUUGAUCAAUGGUAUAUUCCCCUGGUGCUGCACUCUUCAGUCUGCGUGAAACAUUCUGAAGAGAGGUAUGCAUCUCUGUCAAUGGAAAAUUCGAACAUGUUCCUAGAGUAUAUUAAAUAGAAGUUACAAUGAAAUCAGAACAAAAUACUUUGGUAAUACUGUUGUUGACCCGGUUGUGUGUAAAAUUAAAGGUUGUACAUGUUUAACACUUGACAUAAAUUGUAUCGCUUUAAAGGUGCGAUGGUUAUUUCUAUGAACGGUACUUCUGACGUAUCAAUUUAUGUCCUAUGUUCAUUUUCAUAAGAAUGAAGAGGCUUGUUAAUGUUAAUUGUGAGUUUUAUUUAAUUUCGUUGUGGUAAAAUUAGUGGUUAAUUCAUCGCUCAAAGAGUGAAAUGCGCGCCAGUAAUCCACGGUGCAUUUUGGGUAAUGUAGUUCAUGACUAUAUGGUUAAAGUAAAGAAAUUGACACUGUGAAUUGUGACUUUAGUAUUGUAAGUUGCCUGCAUAUUAGAAGAUGGGACAAUGUACUAACUAAAUGAUGUAUUUACAGAUUGUGAAACAAGAACAAAGACAUUUGUUGUAAAGCUGUCCCAUUUUAUGCUUGCAGUAAACACCCAAGAAAAGGCACUACUGGUAUUUGUCCUUAUUUGGGGUUGGUCCUCUGAGCUGUGAAUGUUCCUGUGAGAUGGUAGUCAAC